AUGCCAGCAACCCCUCUUGCAUCCAAAGCCCGGGUGCGUACCCGUACCGGCUGUCUACAGUGUCGCCAACGCCGAAAGAAAUGCGACGAGCGUCGACCGACAUGUCGCCGGUGCAUCGACAAUAAUGCCACAUGCGCCUGGCCUAGCAAGAUCAACCAACCCAUCGAUGGCCGAAGGCGUGAAGCUCGGCGAUGGAAGAGCAAGCCAUCGUCCGCAGAUGACGAGCAUCGCCAGUUAUACGCCCAUUUCGCCACGGUUGUGAUGCCUCGUCUUGUUCGGCCAAAAUGCCCGUCCGAGUGUAUCGAUCAAUCGUACAUGCUGCACUUGGCGCAUGAAUUUCCGCCAUUGAUGGCAAUUAUGCUAGCUAUCGCAGCGGUUGAUCUCAGCAGGGAAGCGCUGGCUAUGGAUCGCUAUCUAUGUUCGCUGCGUGGUUUGCAGGAGGGUCUGGCCGAUGCGACCGAUGCGGGGAAUGAAGAUGGAUUCCUAGCGACAACUAUCUUGCUAUGUGUGUUUGAAAAUCUCCGAUCAGAUAGUCCCCCAAGUAUUGGGCUGCAUGCGAAGGCGGCUGGCGUGCUGCUCUCCCGAAGAAAGCCGGGAAAGGGUCCUGAAUCAUUAUCCGAGCCUGACGUGGUGUUUGAACGCACUUGUGCCGAGUCCUUUCUAUAUCACAGCACGCUUAUGAUGCUAUUGGACCCUUCCUUGGACCUGGUCAUCAGCAACAUACCCUGUUGUCUUAUUAAGAGACCCGCCGAUACGCCAGGACAAGAACAAGAUGUUCCGCGUUUCGUCCUGGAAGAGUCCUGGCAGUUUUUCAUCAUGGUCGCAGAGGUAACACGCCUCGCCAGAUUGUCCCGACCUUUAUUUCCAAUCGAGCGCCAGACUUGGACACAUCUCCAGGCCGAACUGGUUCAGUAUAAAUGUACCGGUGCGAUGGACGAUGUCAUGAAGAGCCUUUAUGUAUAUACCGCACAAAUUCUCUUGCUGAAAGCAGAUCAUUUGCGAACAGCCAUGCAGCGGACCGCCGAGAUGAGGGUUUUGUUUCAAAAAGGAUUGGCUACAUUGGAGAUUGUUGAUGCUCAGAAAUACCUAAUUGGCUACUCGCUAUGGCCUGUCGCCGUUCUCGGCGCUAUUGCAUUGGGCGAGAGUGAACAGCGCACGAUCGAUAACACUAUUGACCCAUGGGCUCGCAGGGGACGCGGACAAGCCGUGAGAUUACGAGAUCGGCUGAAGACUAUCUGGACCACGUUAGAGGAGGGCGACCAGGAGACCUUUUUACUACGAAGAUUACAUCUCAUGAUGAAUAUGACUUGA